CAAAACAAGAACAACUUUUUAUUUUUCACAUCAUCACAGGGGGCGCUGUGAGAAAGCAGCCUAAGAUUGAGACGUUUAAGAAACCUCCUCCAGCAGAGAAAACCAAACCUAAGAAGAAGGAGAAAGAAAAGGAAAAGCCACCACCGCCACCUAAAUCUGACCCGUUCUUCGCCAUGGAAACGGAAGAUUUACAGACUGAAGGUACGGUGAAACCAUACGAUAAAUUCAACGCAGAGCAGGAUGCGGAGGUACUGAGGAAGGCAAUGAAGGGACUUGGAACGGAUGAGGAGGCGAUAACUAACGUCCUUGCGUACAGAUCUAAUCCACAACGUCAGGAAAUCAGGACAACGUUUAAAACCAUGUUUGGCAAAGACUUGAUCGAGGAGUUAAAAAGUGAGUUAAGUGGACAUUAUCUUGACACCUGUAAAUCUCUACUGAUGGCCCCCGCUGAGUAUGAUGCCUACCAACUACACAAAGCUAUCAAAGGGCUUGGUACAGACGAAGAUGUCCUCAUUGAAAUUCUGUGUACAAGAUCCAAUGCUCAAAUCAAAAUGAUUAAAGAAACAUACAAAGCAAAAUAUAACAAAGAACUAGAGAAGGACAUCAUUGGCGACACAUCGGGAAAUCUGAAGCGCCUCCUAGUGUCACAAGUCCAGGCAAAUCGUGACGAGAGCAAGGAGGUUGAUCGCAACAAGGCCAAACAGGACGCCAAGGCUCUGUAUGAGGCAGGCGAGAAGAAAUGGGGAACAGAUGAAUCUCGCUUCAACGUAAUUCUCGUGUCUCGCAGCUACCCACAGCUUCGAGCAACCUUUGAUGAGUAUGACAAGCUGUCUAAAAAAGAUUUUGAGGAGGUGCUAAAGAGCGAAAUGUCUGGAGAUUUGCUCAGUGGAAUGAAAACGAUAGUGAGAUGUGUGAGGAACAAAGCUGGUCACUUUGCUCGCCAGCUGCAGAAAACCAUGAAAGGAAUUGGCACUGAUGAUGAUACAUUGGUGCGUGUGGUCGUCAGUCGGUGCGAGAUCGACAUGGUCCAGAUCAAGGAAGCAUUUGAAAGUCUGGCAGGCCAAACACUUCAACAGUAUAUAGCUGAUGACCUCAGCUCAGACUACCGUGACGUGAUCCUGUCUCUAGUCAUGGGAGGACCUCCCCCAGACAGGGCCACAAAAUCUGGCAAGGGUUUUGUUGAAGCUGUGAAGUACAAGACUGAGGAGGAGUUAGACGAACAAGUACGAAUGGAGACGGAAAAUAUUCAGGUAAGAGCAUAA